GUUGCCCCCAAAAAAAGGUACAUGGAAUUUUCUUCCCCAGUCGAAUCAGGAGGUGGAUCUCUCCCAGCCACAGGUCCAUCAUUCUCUGGCCACGCUUGCGGUCGGUCACCGCAAUUGCUCUGUUCCCUUGAUCUCUUCCUCACAUUCUCCAGCUCCGUUGUCCACUCAAGGUGUCUUAAUUUUUUUUUUUAUUCUUAUUAUUAUUAAUUUUUUUUUCACUUUUUUUCCUUUUCGUAAGUAAAAAACAAAACAAAUAAAUCUGUAUUUCUAUUCGGAUCUAUUUUAUUUUUCAUUGCGUCGCCGCAUGUGGACACCUCGAAUCCUUGAUCGCUCCAGUUUUAAUACUUCCCCUUUACUUACAGUACAAGAGGCGAACAACCCAUCCGACCUUUUUUUCUUUAGCUUCCCAUUGUUUAUUUCCUGCUUUUAAGGAAGAAUACAUAUACGCCGCCUGCCCAUCAACCUUCCAAUCCCUUCUUCGUCUCCUCUAUCCAUCCAUCCCUUCAUUCGUAUACUCCCAUUGAUCGAAUACCUCACCCCCCAAAUUCCUCAGACCCCGAGUACAUAGCUAUUCUUAGCUACUUCCCGUUAUUCACAAUGUUCAAGUCCUCAGUCACUCGUCAAGCUGCCAAGGUUCUCCGAAUUUCCACACGCCCGGCUGCGGUGACAGCAGUAUCGCGGCCAGCGGCGGCCAACACGUUCGCCCGGGGUCUCUCGUCGACCGUUCCCCGGCUCAAUGACGAGAAGGAGAAGGCUGCCAAGGACCCUCUCUUGGCCGCAACCACCAAAGCUCCCGAGGGUGUCUUGGGUGAAGCUGAGGGUCGGUUCGCUCGUGUCGACGAGAGCUUACAGAUUGAAUACCCCGAUGAUGAGAACAUGCCUCGCAGUCCUAUCGUUCAGGGCCGUGGCGGUAUGCAUUUCAAGCGGACCUUAGCUCAAUUUUCUCUGGAAAACAAGGUUACCCUUGUAACUGGAGGUGCCCGCGGUCUGGGAUUGGUCAUGGCUCAGGCGAUCGUUGCCUCGGGCUCUGACCUUGCCAUUGUCGAUCUUAACAAGACCGAAGCCGAAGAACAAGCACAGAAGCUGGUAGAGCAGUUCAGGAAGGAGAACCCGGGCUUGGAACAAAUGCCGAACGUUACCGCCCACUACGCUGAUGUUUCCGACCCUAACUCGGUGAACGACGCCCUCUCAGAGAUCAUCUCGAAGCACGGUAAGAUCGACAACCUGGUCACCUCGGCUGGUUUCACUGAGAACUUUGACGCCAUUUCCUACCCUCACGAUCGUCUGCAGAAGCUCUGGGGUGUCAACGUUGACGGAACUUACCUCUUUGCGACCGGGGUUGCCAAGCACCUCAUGGAACGUAAGGUUCCCGGCAGCAUUGUGAUGAUUGGCAGCAUGUCUGGUGCCAUUGUCAACGUGCCGCAACCCCAGGCACCGUACAACGCCGCCAAGGCUGCCGUUCGUCAACUUGCCGCGUCCUUUGCUGUUGAAUGGGCCGGUUACGACAUUCGUGUCAACUGCAUCAGUCCUGGAUACAUGCUGACUGCUCUGACCCGCAAGAUCUUGGAUGAGAACCCCGAACUGCGGGACAAGUGGAUUUCCCUGAUCCCCACCGGCAAGAUGGGUACUCCCGAGGACCUGAUGGGUCCCGUUACCUUCCUUCUGAGUGACGCCUCUAAGUACAUGACCGGCGCCGAUAUCCGCGUUGACGGUGGCUACACUCUGACUUAAAUACCCCAAGGAGUAUCUGUAUUACUUAUUUUGUUUCUAUCUUUUCUUUUCUUUCCUACGGGCAUGAUGUACGGGUUCGGAUUCGGUAUAGACCGGUUUGAUUGGUUUCUGGGUGGUAUCUCGACCUUUGCUUCACAAGUUCCAUCCUCUCUUGGUGUGGUUUGGAACCCAUCAAGCUGCAUUUUACGACGAUAAUAUUUUUUUUUCUUUUUGUUUUGAAGAAGCGUGUUUUCCUGGGGAAUGUGUUUUUCCAAAAGCGGGACAAGGUUAUAGCUUUUUUGUUGUGGAGUACCCCAAAAUGUUUUUGCAUGAUAGACUCGGUUUUUCUACAGAGUACUUUGAUUUAGCAUGAUAUCACUUGUGUUGAUCUUCUUCUCCAACUGUGGAGAUGUUUUGUCGUGACAUCACUUCAGUCUCCAUUUAAUUUUGCAUCCAUCCAUGACGACAUCCCGGUGGAUCCCUACUCGCGUCGCAACAUAGAUUAUCAACCCUAGACAGUAUUGCUUAUUCCAGCUUAUCAACCAUUACAUAAAUACAUGUUAGGCCCGCGGAGGAAUGUCUGUAGCGUAUCCGCAUUAACCGC